CCGCAGCCUUAGCCGCGCCGGAGCCGAGCGAGAGGACACCGAGGCCCCGCCCCGGCCGCCGGUGGCGCCCCGACCUCCGAGCCGCGCCGCAGACUCAGCCGGAAACCGGCCCCGGCCGGAGCCCGAGCGCCAGCCAUAGGGCCACCUGACGCCGGGGGUCGGAGCCGCCCGCGCCGCCGCCCGCGUCCCCAGCCCCCGUCGGGGCUGUCCCGAGCCCGGCCCCACCAUGGCGGGGCCGCGGGGCGCUCUCCUGGCCUGGUGCCGCCGCCAGUGCGAGGGUUACCGCGGCGUGGACAUCCGCGACCUGAGCAGCUCCUUCCGGGACGGCCUGGCUUUCUGCGCCAUCCUGCACCGGCACCGGCCCGACCUGAUCGACUUCCAGUCUCUCUCCAAGGAAAAUGUCUUCGAGAAUAACCGUUUGGCCUUUGACGUGGCCGAAAAGGAACUGGGGAUCCCUGCUCUCCUGGACCCCAGUGACAUGGUCUCCAUGAGUGUCCCCGACUGUCUCAGCAUCAUGACCUAUGUGUCCCAGUACUACAACCAUUUCACCAGUUCUGGCCAAGCCGCUGUCUCACCACACUCCACACCAGGAAAGGACCCUGCAUCCCCCUCCCCCACAUCUGCAUCACCUGCUGUGCCACCCGGAGAGGAGGCUCAGGGUGAUGACCUCUCCUCAGACAGCCUGUCGGAGCAGGGCAGACAGCGGCCCCCCAGCAGCACCUGCGCAGCCUGUGGGCAGCGGGUGCACCUGGUGCAGCGGUACUUGGCCGAGGGCAGGCUGUACCACCGGCACUGCUUCCGAUGCCGGCAGUGUUCUAGCACGCUGCUCCCAGGCUCUUACAGCAGCGGGCCCGAGGAAGGCACCUUCGUGUGUGCAAAACGCUGUGCCAGGCUGGGUCCGGGAGGCCGGUCCGGAGCUAGGCCCUUCUCCCAGCGAGAGCAGCAGCAGGUAGCAGAAGAAGCCAAGGAUGGAGAGGAGAGCAACCUUAGCCCAAGUGUGGCUGCGGUCGCCGCCGCUGCCGCCGCCGAGGGAGAUGGGCUCCAGGCUAGCUCCGAGGUACCGCCCCAGACCCAGAGCAAGCCACCUCUUCCCAGCAAGCCCCAGGAGUUGGCCAGCCCCCCUGUCGGCCGGCCCACACCUGCCCCCAGGAAGGCUUCUGAGAGCUCAGCCUUGACGCCCCCAACACCACGGCCGCGGUCUAGCCUGCAGCAGGAUGGCUUGGUGGAGCAGAGUGUCAGCACUGGCCUUGUGAAUGGAAGACUGCCGGAACCCCCUGUCCCCAGGCCAAGAGGGACGCCCAAGCUGUCAGAGAGGACGCCAGCACCAAGGAAGGACCCCCCGUGGAUCACACUGGUGCAGACAGAGCCCAAGAAGAAGCCAGCCCCGCUCCCCCCCAGCGGCAGCAGCAGCAGCAGCAGUCCUGGGCCGCCCGGCAGACAGGUGGAGAAUGGAGGCCUGGAGGGAAGGACCCAGAAGAGUCCAGUCGCUGGGCCAGAGCCCAAGCCCUACAACCCCUUUGAGGAGGACGAGGAGGGAGAAGAGCCAGCCCCAGCAGGGCCAAGCCCUGCCCCCGCCCCGCCAGAGUCCACACCCAAGUCCCUGCACCCCUGGUACGGCAUCACCUCCACCAGCAGCCCCAAGACCAAGAAGCGCCCCGCCCCGAGAGCCCCCAGUGCCUCCCCGCUUGUUCUCCACGCCGCCCGCCUGUCCCACUCGGAACCUCCUUCAGCCACGCCGUCACCGGCCCUCAGCGUGGAGAGCCUGUCGUCCGAGAGCUCCAGCCCGGCUGCCAAAGCAGGGCCCUCGGAGCCGCCUGCCGUACCCAAGAGCUCCUCGGAUCCUGCGGUGCACGUGCCUGGUGCCCCUGGCACAUCCGGGAACUCCGUCGCCCCCUCAGCCAACUCUUCCCUAUCGUCCUCUGGGGAGCUGGGACAGCCCGGUGGUGAACAAGUGCCACAGGCCAGGACCAGGGGCAGCCCAGGUACCCAGGCCACCAAGCCCUGCAGUGGCGCCACCCCGACUCCCUUCCGGUUGGCUGGAGACCGGAGCCCCGCCCCUUCCCCGGGGAGCUCAUCCCCACAGCUGCAGGUCAAGUCUUCCUGCAAGGAGAAUCCUUUCAACCGGAAGCCAUCUCCCUCCGCAUCUCCCGCCGUAAGGAAGGCCACCAAAGGAGCCAAGCCCAUGAGGCCACCUGCCCCCGGACAUGGCUUUCCACUCAUCAAACGCAAGGUCCAGGCUGACCAGUAUAUCCCUUUGGAGGACAUCAACACCAUGAUGGACAAUAUCGAGCGCCAGCUGGAUGCCCUGGAGUACCGUGGCAUUCUGCUGGAGGACAAGCUGCGUGGAGGAGCAAAUGAGGGCAGCGAGGACGACAUACUGGUGGACUGGUUCAAGCUCAUCCACGAGAAGCACCUACUGUUGCGGCAAGAGUCAGAGCUGAACUACGUUGUCAGGCAGCAGGACUUGGAGCAGCGCCAGGCCGAUGUGGAGUAUGAAGUGCGGUGCCUUCUCAACAAGCCAGAAAAGGACUGGACUAAGGAGGAUCGGGACCGAGAGGAUGCGCUGAUGAAGGAGUUCAUGACCCUCAUCGAGCAGCGCAACGCCAUUGUCACCUGCCUGGAUGAGGACCGCCAGAGGGAUGAGGAGGAAGACAAGAUGGUGGAAGCUAUGAUCAGGAACAAAGAGUUCCAGAAAGAGGCUGAGUCUGAGGGUAAGAAGAAAGGCAAGUUCAAGACCAUAAAGAUGCUGAAGCUCCUGGGAAACAAGCGGGCCACCAAAAGCAAGGCCCCUGGGGACAAGAGCUGACAGAGGGGACGCCGACUUCCUCUCCUCUCCGGGAGCCUUGAGGCCAGAGCAGCGCUCUGCUUGCCCUAAGACUUGCCAAGGGGGACACGAUGACCUCGGGAGGGAGUCCCUGGGUGAGCUUUGCCCUCCUUGGGGUCGCCAGCUGGUCCGGGCUAAAGGUCUCUUCCCUCUUCCCUGUGGCCCAGACAGCUGUGACUCAGUCCUGCCCCCUUGGAUUUUGACUCCAGCUGCUGUGACAGACCCAGGGGCAAGGAGGGGUGCAGGUCUAGGCAGGAGGCAGCCGCUCUCCCUGUUCCUCUGAGCCAGGCCAGAUGGGAGUCUUUGCUGCUCCUCCUGCCCAAGGCGGGCCCUGGCCUGGGACGUGUGCACCUUGCAGAAGCCGGCGGCGAGGCUGGCUGCCCAGCUUCUUCCUUCUCACCCGGACCCUUAGUCCCUGCCUCCGCGUCUAACACAGAUGCCCUUGAAAGUCACGUCCCCUCACUCGGGAGCUCUGUGAAGUCUCAGAUUCCGGCCCCUCAGUGAGCGCUGUGUUGUGUCGGUUGGGAAUGUACCGCUUCCUCUGCCUUCCAAGUUGUAGGGAGCUCUUCCCUCGUCGGCCUUGCUCCAUGGGAAGUCUCGCCCACCACGCAGGGCCCUGGUAUCUGCUGAGGCGGUGACUCAGACUCGCCUAGGAAGGCGUGCUUUGGGCAGGUGCUAACCCUUGUCCUCUAAGGUGUCGUCGUAGUCUGACUUGUGAUGCAGGCUUUCUGCCCCGCCCCAUGCCCAGGGGACGGACACUCCUUCCCGUGCUCGGUGCAGUCUGUCUCUCUGUUGCUGGUCCCCUCCAAGGACCGAUGGCCACUCGCCACUGAGUGGCCCUGGGAGAAGAGUGGUGUGGUACCUCUUUUCCCUGGGGAAUAUGCCAGGCAGCUUAUGGUCCAAGCACUGUUCUUGCUGUCCGGGUCUUUAGUGCCCCACUCUGUGCAUCCUGGGAAGGAAUGCACUGUACCUCAGUUGCCAGUGCCCAGUCGUCUAGGACACAUCCACAUCUGUCCCCCUCUGCCUGUCUGUGCUCCACCUCAUGGCUAGGUAACCCCGGGAGGGUCUGGGCUGUCCACUCAGUUGGGAACUUGACCACCACUGCCUACCAUUGGGCAGGAUUCCCUUCCUGUUUGGGAAGAGAUGCUUGCUCACUCCCACAUAGCCCCUGGCAGUCUUUCCAAGCGCACUUGUUGACCUGGAGACAGGGCCAGCAGCUCAGAGGUCUUUCAGAGGAGCCCUGUGACCCAGCUGCUGUAGCCCAAGAGAGGACUCCCCUAGGCUCUCAGUGUCAAGGACAGUUUCCAUGUCUCAAGAGAACAGCCUUUCUCACAGAAGUCACCUGUAUCCUGUGAACGUGGCCACAGGCUUGCCAAAUCUUGCCCACUUUUUUCAAAAGAAACCCAGAAUCCAGUUUUUGUACAGGCACAAUUUGUACCUGCUGACUUCACAUUUAAGUUGGCCACAGUGGGCUACGCUCGGGCCAGGCCUGGGAGCUGGAGGGUGUGUCCCUGCUGACCUGACCCUUAUCUGCUGGUUGCUGCAUAGUAGCCAUGUUUAUUCUUGACAAGAAGACAGAUUGUAUGUUCUAUUGGAAUUAUGGGACUUCUGGCAGGUGCAGGAAAUGUUUCCAUUUAUGGAGACAGGGAAAUGAUAGAAUACUAGUGAAGGUCGGGCUGGUCACUGUCAGCAGUGGCCAGCAGAAGGGAGGACACUGAUGUGCACGCAGUGAAUCAGUUUGGGGCAGAGGGGCUGGCGUACCAGGUGGGGAACAGGGCUGCUUUCCUUGUCGGGUUCCUUGAUGUUCAGGACGGGGCCUCAGAGGCACUUGAAUGGAACUGGAACCAAGGCUGUGGCACCUGCUAGGCUAGGGCCCUUUCAUUAUGGCUCCCUCCAUUUAUGUUUCUUCCUGUGGUCUUCGUUUGGUGGAAGCCACAAAGUUAACCUUUAACCCCAAGUGGGCUCCUCUGCAGCUAACUACCUGGAUAGAGUGUCUUGGGGAACCUGAGUUUUCACACCUCAGUCUUUUUUUUUUUUUUUUUGGUGUGUGUGUGUGUGGGUGGUUUUGAGAGGGUUUGCUCUGUGUAGUUUUGGAGCCUGUCCUGGAACUCACUCUGUAGACCAGGCUGGCCUCAAACUCACAGAGAUCCUCCUGCCUCUGCCUCCCGAGUGCGCCACCACCACCCGGCUCACUCCUCAGUCCUGAGGGUUAGCACUGACUGCAGGCUGCUCAGGAACUUUGUUUCUCUGUUCCUGUGGAAAUAUGCAAACAGCAGUUAGAAGCCAUCUGUGCUGGACAGGUUCUGAUUCUGAAUAAAUAGGCUUUAUCCCUGUGGAAACAAGGUGGCACUUGUCAUGACCAAGUUAAAUGUGCUUUAUUGGCCAAUUAAUCAUUGUGGUUAAACAUUUGCCCAAGGCUACAAGAAGCCAAAGAAGUAGAUCCUAAGAUAUCUAGGACAGAAUCGUGUUCACAGAGCACCCGGAGGCCUGCUGUGGCAGGGGGAGAGCCAGAGAGGGUGCCCUUGGGCAAAUGUCCAAAGUGGUGAGCCUGGGUGUCAACCUGGUGUGUCUGGGGCUCUUUCCCCUACAGAAGGCCUCAACACCGUGGCUGUGACAUAGCUCAGGGGCACCACUGAGGCCUCUGCAUCCCCGGGCAGUGUCUGGUCUUGUGCUCCAAGACAGUGCCAUGUCAUGGUCUGGUGUGGCUCCCGUCGAUGGGCAGACCUGGGGAUGGCACCGCUUGGCGAAGUGAAGGAGGGCUCUGGUGGUCGUGCUGCUCUGGUGGUUGCAUUGGGCUGGCCCACCCUGGUCUUGGAUUAAGUGGUGGCAAGAGCCUUCCUAAGCUUCUCGCUCCUACGGCGGUCAAUGUCCUCCAUUUCCCGUAGUUUCUGCAAAGGGCCACCAGGAGGAGCUGCUGUCACGGCCGGACAGCGUGGCCGGAGCUUGCCACCUGAGAGGCUAGCCUUGCUGGCUGGGGCUCCUCCCCUUUGGCUCCACUGCUCCCCACUUCCUUGGGCUCUCCUACCUGGGAGAUUUCAGCCAUGAUGAUUCCUCGGUAUUGCUUGCCCUGUCCCAGAGCCUCCAUGGCAGCCAAGAAUUCCUUCCUGUCCUGGAUUUCCUUCACCACUGCACAGAGGGGAAGGGCCAUCAGUGCACAGGGCAGUGGGAGUGCACAGGGGCCCAGGCAGCAGCGCAUGGUCUCUGAGGGAGAGUGGGGGGAAGGUCUGUAUCAAGUCAUGUUGUUCUCAUUAGCCUCAUCAGUUACACACACACACACACACACACACACACACACACACACACACACACUCACGUUCUUCAAACCGGUCCAGCUCAGGAGGUGGGUCCUCUUGCCGCACAUGGGGAGCCUUCUUCCGUUCCUCUGUGUCCUUCCCAGUGGCAAAGAUACUUUGGAGUCUUCGUUUCUCCUUCUCCAGAUCUCCUGCAGGCCCCAGGGAUGGUCUUGGUAAGGUGCAGCACAGAUGUUUGCCUCUCUGCACACUGCAGGGUGUCUGGGAUGUGAGGAGUGGGCUCGUGCAGACCCAGCGUUACCCCUUUCCCCCAGCAGGACGGGUCAGGAGAGCAGUUGAAACCACCAAGAAAAGGCUGCAGUACAGAGCUGAUAGAGAACCCAGAAACGCUGGCCUCUGAGGUGGGGAUGCUGGGGGUCUGGGCCAAGAGCGAUGUUAGAGGCCAGGAGGAGGGCUCCCAGAUGUGGGCUCAAAUACAGAGGAGACAGCCUUGAGGGACCAGGAGGAUAAGCAGCUGGCAUGUACAUCCCUCUGGGAUUGGGAUCGGAUUAAUUUGAAGAAAGCUGUAGGAAGAUGAAGAGGGCCACCUGCCUGCUUUGCUCUGUGACCAGCCUGGGUUUGUUACCCACUAUGGGAAUGGUGCUGUCUGUCUCAGGCUGCUAUAACCCCAGAAGAUGGAGACCGCCCCUAGCCCAAGCCGGUCGGUCACUUACUGGUGGCCUGAGGCUUGAAUUGCUCACGGCUGUAUGCCCCGUUGGCUCGACACAUGCUUGCAGGCCGCAGGUGGGAGUGGGUGGCCAGGAUGGGAGGCAGGUAGGUGGCUGUAGCCGGCUUUUUGGAGGGCGAGCUCCUCUGGCUGGAUGUGGGAUUGCACUGCAGAGGCAGAGGGCCUCCUCCUGGGAACAGAAGAGUCGGGGGGACAGCCCUGUCGGUCUGUCUGUCUUUUCAAAGAAAAACGGCAGCUGCCAGCCAGAAGUCAAACAGCAUGGGCCAGUCUCCAGGCCCCUCGGAGCCUGCCCUCUGCGGGCUGUAGCAGCAGUUAGGUGGUUGCUCCUUGUUCUGGAUGCUUCUAAAACACAUUCAAGGAUGUCUUGUUCCGUGUGUACACGUACGGUUCUUAAACACUGGAUCAUACCAUGUGGUCAGUAACAGACCCUUUUUUCACUUACCAGUUUAUCAUGACCAACUUUCUAUAAAGAUGCAUUGAUAUGUAACUUAUUUUUUUAUAGCAAUGUACUAGUUGUUAGAAUGAUCACACUAUUUAUUGGGCUAGUCAUUCAGGUUCUCUCUGGGUUGGUUUUGUUUUGUUUUGUGUUUGUUGAUUGGAUUUUUACUACUUCUGACAAUGCUGCAGUAAACAUUCUCAUACACUGA